GCCUGUCGUGCCGCUUUGUGGACAACGACUCCCAUUGUGGCGGAGAAACAUGUUUCUUGUCAGUAUAUCCAUCAUCUUUGGUACAGCACAGACGACUUAGCUCCGUAGUCAAACGGCAGAAAACAACCAACAGAACUAAGCUUUCAAUAUUCGGGCAGAUUGUUUUUUUCUUGGAGGGGGAAUCACGUUGGCUGUUUUACGGAUGUUAUGCAUGCGUCUCUAACUUGUGUUUCAGGUCGCUUAUUUAAAAGGAAUACUUGUUUUUUCUGUAAACUGUCGCGAUUUAUGGUCGUUUUCAUAUGUGCAACAACAUGUCAAAUGUUAGUAUUUCGAAUGGGAGUCCGACGUUGGAAAUGGUGGAUCUGCGUCCGACGAAUCACACGAAGCCCCCGAUUCGCAGAAAUCUUUUCGGAUCGGUAGAUCACGACGACUUUAGGAGGGAGUGUUUGGUUCAAAUGAAAGAGAUGGAGAAGGAUUCUAUUGACAAAUGGAAUUAUGAUUUCCAAAACGACAAGCCCCUUUCCCAGGGAGAUUAUAAAUGGGAACCCAUGAAAAGCAGUGACCUGCCUGACUUUUACAGCAGACCGCCUCACAACGGAGUCUUGUCAUCUGGAAAUGUGGACCAUAACGGGAAUCAUGAUUACCGAGUCCGACCGAGCUGUCUUACGAACGGGGCUGAGCUAUCCGAGGAGAGUGAGAGCGAGAGGCAGACGCAUUGUCACCACUCUCACAACCGGGCAAGGAAAAGACCUGCAAAUCCAGAACCCCAAAGUACUGGUAAAAAGUCACAUUCCAGUGAAGAGGAUGAAGUGGUGUCAAAGUCAGUAGAGCAGACACCCAGCAAAAACGAUUCCAGGACACAUGAACACUAAUACCAAGUGCUGAGAAGUCCUCCUUUUUCAUUGAAUACUGUACUUCAGGACCUUAAGAAGAUAAGAGGGAAAGAAGAGAAGACAGGAUACAAAAUGGCCUGCCUUUAGGAGGGAGGGAGGCUUUGCAAGCACUGAAUAUAUACACUAAAGUUUUGGCACUCAAUUUAAUCCUAUCUCCUCAAAAGCAGAAAAUGUAGCAGUGCGCAAAAUUGGAUGUUUUUCCCUUUUUGCUCAGUUUUAUUUUAACUACCUAUGUUUCAUAUGUAGCACAUAAAACAUAAUAUUAUUAUGUUAAUAAAAUAAGUGUCUUGAAGAAUUGCUGUGCAGUUCUCAAAAAAAUAUUGUUUGCUUUUAAAAGUGGUCAUAUGAUAUCCUUGUUCAGAAAUAAUUCAUAGUUAUACAUGGCAGAAGGGUAGCCUAGUGGUUAGAGCAUUGGACUAGUAACCGAAAGGUUGCAAGUUCAAAUCCCUGAGCUGACAAUUUGUUCUUAACUGACUUGCUUAGUUAAAUAAAGGUAAAAAGAACAUUCAGAUUAUUUCUAAGUCACUGUUUUUGAGAGUAUCUCAUCAAAGAAUCAGUUGUUUCUAUUUUGUGGCUUUAUUCAGUGUUCAGUGCUAGUACAUAGUUUGAAGGCCUAUUAUUCAAAAGCUGGUCAAUUCUAUUUCAAUUGAUGAAGUAAACUGAAAGUCAUUCCAAUUCCAAUUUUCCUCAAUGUUUUUCAAUGACAGAAAAUAUUAGGAUUUUUUUUUUACUUCCUGAGUUGACUGAAUUUGAAUGUAAUUGACCCAAUGCUACACUAAGGUCAUACUGUCAAUCAGUAUGUUACAUGACCUAACUAGAUACAAGUUUACAUGCAAAUAAUAUAUUAUUAUUAUUUUUAUUAAGUGUUCCUACUGCGAAAGGGAAAGAUCCUGCCAAAGUUUCAACAUUUGUCUUAUUUUUAUGGAGAAAUAAUUAAAUGAUUAGGCCUUAUUCAUGGCAUAGUUAGAAAUGAUUGGUUAAAGUUUGAAAAUAUAGUUCCCAUUUUGAAGUAUUAAUUAUUAUUAUUAUGCCACCCUAAAAUUAGUUGGUUUCCUUUAACUUAUUCAUAAUGUGGUCCAGUUUGACCCAGAGUAGCCUACACUCUCAGAUGUGUUUUGUAACCCCUGGGCACUUUUCAAACAUAAAUAUGUGAAUCAACGAUUUGCCUCAUAUUGUGUGUUGACUUCAUAUUGAGCAUGACAUGGCACUAUAUAGACCACACAAAGGAAAUAAUUAUCAUCUUUGAGGAGGACAGACAGAUAAAAGACAAAGCUAUACUGCAUAUGUACAGUGUGUCUGUAUAAAACUUUGAAGUGUACCUGUGUAUUUUUCCUUGUAAAAAUUAUAGUAAAGUAUUUUUCUUCAGGUUUUUGUGGUUGAAUUCAUAUCCAAAGUGACAUUUUUUUAGCAUUGUUAUGUAAAUACUUAAAAAAAUGUUUUUGGAUAGAAAAGGUUGCACAACUGAGCCUGGUUAAAAAUAUACCUGUAUAUUUUGUAUUGUGUCUCUGAAACCAGCAGUCAUUUGAUUAAAAAAACGAUAUUGGUUUAAAUAAAAACUUAUUUAUUUAUUAUUUUCAUAA